CAUGUUAAACGACAAAAACCAGCAGUGCCCCAAAAACCAAGUCUGAACAUAAAAACAGAUUUAGAUCCUCUACAAAUCAGUGAGACUACUUUAGACAACAUCAACAACUCUGAAACCGACAUGUCACCUUCACCUGCCCCUGUAACACAGACUUCUGAGGCGAGAUAUUCUCAAAGGGGCACAGACUUCAGUCCCAGCACAGCGAAAACCAUGACUCUGGGUCCAAAGACCUCCAACAGCCUGGAGACUGGACCCAUCCCACGCCGUGACACUCUCUCAGAGGGCUUCACAAUGAGCCCAAACAGCAGGAUUACGUCUGAUCCGACGCCACUAACAGCCAGUCGACCACCAUUGAUCUCAACGACAACAAGAGCAAAUAAAAUCUCCCGUAGGAUCCUGCCGAGUGUUAUCCCUAGCACAAUUCCAGGAUCCGCAAACCCAAAUCAAGCUUCAAAUACUGACUUGCAAGCUGAGAUAAUUCCCAAUAUGGAGGAAAAAGCAGCCAAACAAACUCCAGUUCCAGACACUAUUAUGAUUCCAGUCCCAUCUCCCAGUACUCAAAGAUCUACCACAAACAAAUAUAUUUCACCUGUUCAUGACACUGGAGGAAGUGAAACAACUAGAAUAACAACAAGACCUAUCCAAAAGCCUAUAGCAGUAUUAACAGAACAUUCCGAUGAAAAUCCUUUGACCGAGCCUGUAUCUGAAAAAGACUCAACACCCGGACAAAAGCGUACUCCUGAUCGGGCCCUGAUCAAACCCCCUGAUCAAGAGAAGAAAUCCAGUGAGAAAAUCCCUAAAAUAAACCAAAAUCCUAAACCCAAUGAAAAUCAUACAGAUCUUGUAACAGGACAAAAGACUAAACAGAAGGGGAAGCCUAAACCAGAACAACGCCCACAAACCAAUCAAAGGCUUAGAACCCUUCGACCCGACCAAAUGCCUGAACUUAACCCCAAAUCUUUGCCGAAAGCAGAAUCCAACAAAACAUCUAAAUUGAGGCCUACACCCAAAGGCAGGCAACCAAUCAGACCUAAAAUCAGGCCAGGAGCAACACAUGUUAAACGACCAAAACCAGCAGUGCCCCAAAAACCAAGUCUGAACAUAAAAACAGAUUUAGAUCCUCUACAAAUCAGUAAGACUACUUUAGACAACAUCAACAACUCUGAAACCGACAUGUCACCUUCACCUGCCCCUGCAACACAGACUUCUGAUUCGAGUAAUUCUCAAAGGGGCACAGAGUUCAGUCCCAGCACAACGAAAACCAUCCCACGCCGUGACACUCUCUCGGAAGGCUUCACAAUGAGCCCAAACAGCAGGAUAACGUCUGAUCCGACGCCAUUAAUAGCCAGUCGACCACCAUUGAUCCAAACGACAAAAAGAGCAAAUAAAAUCUCCCGCAGGAUCCUGCCGAGUAUUAUCCCUAGCACAAUUCCAGGAUCCACAAACCCAAAUCAAGCUUCCAAUACUGACUUGCAAGCGGAGAUAAUUCCCAAUAUGGAAGAAAAAGCAGCCAAACAAACUCCAGUUCCAGACACUAUUAUGAUUCCAGUCCCAUCUCCCAGUACUCAAACUACCUCCACAAUCAACCCUAACCUCAGGUCAACCACCUCUAGCCCCAAGCCCCUGGCGGCUGAGUUUUCCACUCCCAGUGCAAGGGAGCUGCGUGUGAAGAUCAAACAGGUGGCUGCCUUCUUCAAUAACAGCCUGAGUCCAAAUGGAAGGCCACUGGGGAGCCAUCCAAAAGAUCACGCAGAGGACAACCAGGUCGGCAGCAGGCCAGAAAGCAAACUACCAUCUAAAGUUACUAGAGAUUGCUCCGACUACUUGGCAAAAGGAUCAACAAAAAGCGGGAUGUACCUGGUGACCCCUGACCUCCGCAGCAGAAGCUUCCCGGUCUUCUGUGACAUGCAGCUGGAUGGAGGAGGGUGGACGGUCCUGCAGCGCCGACAGGACGGCAGCGUGAGCUUCAACCGCACCUGGGCAGAGUACAGAUUGGGCUUUGGGGAGCUGGACAAAGGGGAGUUUUGGCUGGGGAACAAUAUGAUCCACAUGCUGACCCGGGCCAGGAAUAUGGUGCUGAGGGUGGAGCUGGAGGACUUUGGCGGUGUGAGGGAGUAUGCACAGUACGAGUCCUUCAGUGUGGCAAGUGAACGGGGGCACUACAGACUGACGGUGGGCGAUUACUCGGGUACUGCAGGUGAUGCUCUGCGCUUCAGCAAAAUGUAUGAUCACCACAACAGGGCGUUCACCACGCCGGACAGGGACCACGACCGCUAUCCAUCCGGGAACUGCGGGGCCUACUACAGCUCCGGAUGGUGGUUUGAUGCCUGCAUGGCUGCAAACCUCAACGGGAAAUACUAUGUUGGGAAGUACAAGGGAGUCCGGGAUGGUAUUUUCUGGGGCACUUGGCAGAACAUAUCUUCAGAGUAUUACCCCACUAAUGACAGACAAUCAUUUAAAACGGUCAGGAUGAUGAUCAGGCCAAGAGGCCUUGCGCCAUUAGCUGGGACUCUCUACCAGGGCAUGUUGUAAAAUAAAAUGAAGGGUCCAACUAACAAUACUGCUUACAAUUUAAUAAACCUAGUACAGCCUCCACACUGAUAACUAUUAACCCAAUGCUGCCGCUGUGUGGUCUUUUAAUCUGCAAAACAAAUUUGUUUACAGGAAAGUAUGACAAUAAGUGAGGAUGUACAUAGUUGUGGUUAUAGUCAUGAUUGCAUAUUAGCCUACAUUUUUACAAGCUUAUAAUAAUAAUAUUUUUUUAUAUUGCUGAAUUUGUUCAAUGACGAUAGAGAGAUAAUUCUCUUGUAAAGAGUUAUGACGGGUAUGUAGCAACAGAGAAUGAUAUGUUGUAUUAUUGUAGUACCUGAAAGCCAGUUGAUGGUUAAUAAAAGCUGUAUGGAUUGUUUUUUAAGAGAUUGUUCUUCUUUGAUAAAUAAAUUGUUGA